AUGGCUGAUUCCAUUAGUGGUCCGGAGUUCAACCAGCACAACUGGAACACGCACAACACUGCCUUCCACAGAUAUUGGAAGGCUCAGAUAGCCAAGCCAGAUCGUGAUCUAGAACUUCAACGAAUGAUCGAUGCUGCAACCGUCGGCAGCAAGACCUACAAAACUCGAUACUGUGGAGAUUGGGAAAACGCAACCCAAUUUGUCUGCAGAGCGAAAGAAAUCCGUCCACCUGUCGCUUUCCAGGAGAUGUGCUGCACUACAGGUUGUACAGAGACAACCAUGCGGCAGGCAAUGUGCCCAUCGGAAUUGGAUCAGAACUAA